AUGCCCGCCCCGCGCACCGGAAAUUUGCCGUGGCACUUGACCACUAUGGGUACGAUGACCAAGGUUAUUCCGUCCAGGCUAUCGAGCGAGAGGCGCGGACUGCCGGAGAAGAGAGCGCAUAUACGCCAGUGCCGCCGCACGAGCAAAGGCCACACGGAGGACAAAGGCGAUAGAGCUGUAGACGUAGAUGUAGAUGCCAGUGCUUGUGGCCCAGAGAAGCGUACGGGCAGAGGCAGGAGCCAGGGCAGCGGUUCGUACAAAGCCCCGCUGACGCUCCCGGUGAACCGUAGCGCGCCAGCCCCCGCAGAGGAGCUCAACCCCGAGCUAGGACUCAUCACCGCGCUCGGGAUCCGGACCGGCGCACGCUCGAGGCUCGCGGAGCACGAUCCUGUCGAUUUAAGCGGCCGCCGGCGGAUCGCAGACGAGCUGCGCGCGUUCGACAGGCGGUGGAGGAAUAAAGUGGACAGAGCGAUGGCGGUGGUGGAGCGGGAGAUGCCGCUCUGGGUCCUGGAGGAGUUCACGAUUCACGAGGGGUGGGUGGCACCGCCGGCCGCGAACAAAGGAUGGGUCGAGGAUCGAGGCGGAAAGAUGCCCCCUUUCUCUUCCUCGCACGGGUUGGGUGGCAGUUUGUGA